AUGAAUUUCAUGGAUGAUCCAAUGGAAAUUGAAUAAAGUGAUGUGAAAGUUCAAGAAGUUCAUUAAUAGAACAGAUUUCUUCAUUCUAAACGAAUGAUCAUAGUUGAUGAGAAAUGUUAAGCAAUGGUUCCAGAUAAACCUGAAAAAACAUUAGAAAAAUUUAAAAAGCAUGUAAAUAAUGUUAUUUAUUAUUAGAGAUAAAGUCUAGUAUUUUAAACUUAGCAAAUCUAAAAUAUUUCCAAUAUUGAAGAUUAUCUACUAUUUGCAUCAUCUUUAAUUUUGAACUAAGUAGAUGAAACAAUAACAGAUGAUACUAAAAAGAAGAAUAAAGGAUUUAGUGGUGAUGGCUUAAUUUUAAGUGGAUUAUCUAUAACAUAAGAGCAAGUUAAUGAAAAGGCUUUGAUGUUUUUGAAAUCAAUGGAUUAUAACAUUAUUAAAGCUAAAUUUUACUUGUUAUUUCCAAGUUUAAUCAUAUAUAAUCAAUAUAAACAUAAGCAUGCAUUAAAAUUCACUGAUGAAUAUAUGAAUGAAAAAAUUGAAUAAUAUAUUAGUAAGUUGAAUGAAGAUAAAAUGAUGCAAUAAAAUAAAUGGAAAUAAGAUUUAAUGGAGUUGAUAAAUAACAAAUAAAAGGUUCAUCUGGCUUAAUUAUAAACAUUGUUAGAGUAAGGAUAAUAAUUAAAAUAUGAGGUACCUGAAUCAAUAAAAUAAAUUCAUUAAUCCUCAAUAUAAAUACAAAAAUAAUUAAAUAAAUUAUUCAAAGAAAAAUAAACAUUAGAAAAAUUACGUUAAACUUUAGAAAAAUAUGAAGAAUAAAUUCCAAUAAUAACACCUGAAAUUUAAUAAUUAAGAGAUUAAGUUUAAAAAUCUGAAUCAUUUUUUGUCAAAUUAUCUAAGCUUCCAAUACCACUUAAUGAUAAUGAGAAUUUUGAAUAAGUUUUUGAGAAAUUGAUAUCUAACUCAUUGAAUUAGAAAAUUUAAUUAAGAGUGCUUGCAAAUUGUAAUUAAGAAUACAAAUAAUUACCAAUUGAGAUAAAAGCAUUUGAAUUAUUGCACAAAAGAUUAUAUGAUUAUGUUUUAGAAUUAGUAGAGAAAAUUAUAAAAUUUACAAAAACUUAGUAAACAAAAACAAGAUUAGGUUAAUAGAAUUCUAAUUAAGGAGAAAAAAUUGAGAAAAUAACAUUAGCUCAAGCAGGAUAAUUUAAUUAACAAAUUCUAUACUUGAUUGUUACUUGUGAUGAUUUUGAUUAUUUUAAUGAACUCUAUUAGUAGGCAUUAGAAUUAAAUGAAAGAGCAUAAUAAUAAAUUGAUGAUCCUGAAUUACAACAAAGAUUAUUAUAAGAAGUUUUAGAUUGUCCAUUUUAUUUGGAUGUAUAAGAAAAAUUACAAAGUAUAAUUGAUUAUUCUUAAAUUUUGGAUUAAAUAAAACUAAAUAUGUCAAAUGGAUAACAUUAAGAGGCUAAUGAUUAGAUAUAAACACUUUUCAAUAGAGGUAUAAUAAAUGAUGAUCUUAAAUAAUUACAGGAAAUAAAUCAUAAAGUUUUAGAAUGGAAUUAAUUAGCAGAUGAAAUCAUAAAUUAUCAUGAUAAUGUAACAUUAAUUGAUGUUUAUCAUGAUAACUUUGAAUUACAAUAAUACCCUAGCACCUUGUUUUAACCAUCAUAGGAUAUAAUUAAAUAAUUGGAUCCUGAAAAGGUUUAAGAAAUAAAUAAAAUUGCAGAGAGAGUUGCAAUUUGGAAAGACUCAUUAAUUUCAUUAAUUGAUUGUAAAUAAGUAUAGGUUCAAUAAACAAAUAGAAAGGGGAAUUAAAAUAAAUCAUUUAAUAAAUUAUGGGAAUUAUUUAAGGAGGGUUUAAAAUAUAAAUAGGAAUUAUCUUUGAUGGUCAAAGUCAGAUAAACUAUACUCUAAAUUUUAGAUUGGCAUGCAUAGGUUACUCUUAUAAAAUAAACAUUAAGAGUUAAUGAUGAUACAACAUUAUAAAUUGAUGGAAUAGAUACAAUUAGAAAAAUGUAUAUUUCAAAGUAUGGGUCACAAUAAACCUAAGAUUAAAUAGAUAAAUUAUAAAAAUUUUAAUCUCCAUUUUUAAGUGGAACAAAAGAUUUGUAAAUAAUUUAAGCAUUAACACAACAUAUUGAGAAAUGGAAUAAGGAUGCCUAAGAGGCUUUAUAGACAUAAAAUUAGGAACUUAUCAAAAAUUUAUUAGAUGAAGCUCCUAAAUUACCUGUGGAAGAAUAAUUAGUAAAAGAAUUAUAAAAUUUGCAUGCCUCAUCUAUAAAGAUAAGUUGGAUAAAAUCUAUUAUUCAUAAUCAAGAUCCUCUAUUUGAACCAGUAAUGAAAGCAUUAUAAAAUGAUGAAUCAAUAAAAUAAUUAAAAGAAGAGAUGCUCUAAAUAUAUGCACAAAAUCCAUAAAACAAAAAGAAAAAAGAAGGCACAAAAUUAUCUAAGCUUGCAUAAAAUUUUUAUUUUAAUUUUUAAAACACCAUAAAAUAUUACUUAAAUCAAUUAGCAAAAUUAGAUGAAAGCAAAUUAAAAAAACUCUAACCUAUUAAAGUGUAAAAGUUAAAAGAUUAUUAAAGAGAUGUUUAAAAUGAAGAAAUUUCUUAAUAAGUGGAUGAAUGGACUGAAUAAUUGUAGUCAUGGUAAUGUUAAGUAAUAAAUGUCAAUGAUUAAUAAUAACAAAAAAAAAAAAAAAAGCAUAAGGAUUCAGAAUCAUUAACAGAAUCCUAUUAUUUAACUGGAGAUUUAUUGUAUUACUUUAAGGUACCAGAACUUCUUUGUCUUGUUUUGCAAGGGAUAGAGAAUAAUUACAUUAGUUAAGAAUUGAUAAGUUCUAUUGAAAAAUUAGUGACAAUUAAUAAAUAAGCUGAUAUAGCAUUAUAAGUUUAAAGUGUUAAGGAUGUUCACUUUUAUUCUGAAGUUUUUAUGCCUGAAUUCUAUGUUAUGAAUAAAAAAUUUAGAGUCAUAAAUAAUUGGAUAUAAAUGGCUUUAGAAAUGAUAAAUGACACACCUAGACUAAAAAAUUUAAUUGUAGUAUAAAAAUUAAAGCCAUUCUUAGAUUAUUUAGAUUAAAUUUAGAAUUAAGAAUUAAAGAAUUCUAAAUCUUAAUCAGCAUAAUAAUAAUAAUAAUAACAAUCAUAGCAAUAAUAAUAAUAACAAUAACAAUAAUAAUAACAAUAAUAAUAAUAACAAUAAUAAUAAUAAUAACAAUAAUAAUAACAAUAUUAACCAACUUAAUAAAUAUCAAACAAUAAAAAAAAAAUACUAAAAUCUAUAAAUAAAUUUAGAAUAAAAAAUUAAGAAGAAUCUUAACCUAUUAUUGAUUAAGAAAGUCAGUCCAUUAAACAUUCUAAAAGAGUAAAAUAAGUUUCAAAAUUAAUGAGAGAUGACAGUAUAGCAUUUUAUGAUGCAAAUAUACCUUUGGGAAAAGCUUUCAAAUCAACUUCUAAUGAAAUUUUGACCUCUGAUCCUGUCAUAUAAGCUAUAAAGAAGACAACAAAUAAAAGAUGUUAUAAAAAAGGAUUAAAUAGAAAAAUACUACCUAAUGUAGAAGUUGAAAUAGGUAGCCCAAAUUUCUUAGAUUGGAUAAAAAUGUAAUCUUAAGAACUACUAAAUUUAUAUAGCUAAGAAGAAGUCUACUGUACUUGUAGACAAGGAGGUGAAUCAGCAAUUUCAGAUUUUUAAAUAAUAAAAAGUUUACAUGAGAAUAAUGUUUAAUUAUUUCAUUAAUAAUGUUUAAAAUAAUAGUAGUAAGUAAAAUAUAUGAUAUUAUGUGAUAAUUGUGAAGAAUGGUAUCAUUAUGAAUGUAUGGGAAUAAAGAAAUUAAAAGAAUAAUAAUCAGAUAAAUAUAUUUGCAGAAGUAAAUAUAUAUAAAUAUAUUAUUAGUUUGUUUGAUAAAAAUGAAUAUUCCAUUUCUAAUUUUAAAUGAGAAUUUGUGGGAUCAAUGUCUUGACCCAUAAUCAGAACUUUAUGAUAACUAUUAGAAGUAAAAAUAAUUAUUGGAAAAAAAUAUACUUCCUAACUCAGGAGAAUAUAUAUACUCUCAAUUCUAAUUACCAACUGUAGAAGAUUUUAAAGAUUUUCUAAAAAUUGGUAAGAAUUUACCAGCACAACUGGUUGAACUUGAAUUACUUGAACUACUUGAGUAAAAAAUAGAUUAAUGGUUAAUAUCUUUUAAUGAUUUGAAAAACUUGUAAAUGCCAUAAUUGAUUGCAUUAUAUGCAGAAAGUGAAUGGCUACCAAUAAAUUUACCUCAAUAAAAGAUUCUGAUUUCACUUAUUUGCCAAAAAGAGUUUUUAUCAUCUGCAAAUGAACAAUUAUAAAGUAGGGCAACUUUUAAGACAAAAUAAAUGAAAAAACCUUAAUUAGAUAGAACAGAAUAACUAUAUACGUAUGUAAAAGAAAAAUAUCCUGAAUUAUUAUAAGACGUUGAUAAUUAAAUAAUUAAAACAAUAUAAAUGUUAAAGAUUUAAUAAGAUCUAAAUAAUUAAUUACAAAUACAAAUGAAAUAGUAAUCAACAUUGGAGUAAUAUGAAUAAUUAAUUAUUUAAUAUGAAAAGGAAAUCAAGCUAUAAAUUUAGAAAACUGAUAUCAAAUUUUCAUUGCCAAAAUUAAAUGAAUUAAGAUAGUAAAUAACAAAGAUUCAAUAAUGGAAUGCAGAGAUUCUUGCUAUAUUUAAGGAUGUUGAUGAUAUUUACACAUCUAAUGUAAUUCUUAAUAUUUAUUAUAUAGUUAAGUUAAUAAAUUUAUGAUAGCAAACCUAAUUUUUCUGAUAUUUUGGUAAAAUUAAAAGAAUAUGAGAUGAUCACAAUUAAAGUUUAAAAUUAAUGCUAUGAAUUUCUCAAAGCUCUUCAAUCUAAAGCUGAAGAUAUUAUUCUUAAGAUUGAUUCUAAUGUAUCUUAAUUAUCCUUUGAUGAAUAAUUUGAAUUGUGUAGAUCAGCAUACUAGUUGAAAUGCAAAAUUCCUUAAUUUAAGAACCUUGCAAAUAAGUAAUAAUAAUAUUUAUAAUAAGUGUUAAUAAGGAUGUCUAAAUGAGAGUUAUUUAAUGGCUUCCAUUUAUUAAAGCAGGAUUGUAUUGA